GUGAGAGAAAAUAUUCCAAAGUCUGGUAAGAAACGUAAAUAAACGAAAGUAGAAGGGCUAUCCCCACAAUAAUAAGAUCGGCUGGCUUGUCAUCCUUAUCAGUCAUCUCGCUCAGCCCGUCUCCUUCAGCGGUCUUCUUCUCUGUAACGUUGUCUCUACAGUUGAUUCUUCUCUCUAUAUAUACAAACCCGCGCAUAACAUUUCCUCUUCUACAAGCUCUCUCUCUCUCUCUCUCUCUCUCUCUCUCUCUCUCCGGACUUUCUAUUUCCUAUCUCUGUAAACCCUAAGUUUAAUUUUCUUCUCUUCCACUCGUUUGAUCGAAACCUUAUUGAGCUCUAUCCAUGGCUUCUGGAUCUUCCGGUCGAACCAAUUCUGGUGCGAAGGGGUUUGAUUUUGGGACCGAUGAUAUUCUUUGCUCGUAUGAAGAUUACGGUGCGCAAGAGAGCUCCAACGGAAGCCACUCUGAUCCGGCGAUCGGAGCAAGUGCUGGCAAGGAAUUCCAUAAAAACAGAAUCUCUAGAUCAUCGUUGUUCCCCACUAGUACCUAUGGGCCCCAGGAAGACUCUCUCAACCAAGAUGUGAUUUGUACUGUUGAAAAGACGAUGAAAAAAUAUGCUGACAACCUCAUGCGUUUUCUUGAGGGAAUCAGUUCUCGUCUGUCACAGCUGGAAUUGUACUGCUAUAAUCUUGAUAAGUCAAUUGCAGAAAUGCGAUCUGAUUUGGUUCGCGAUCAUGGGGAAGCUGAUACAAAGCUUAAAUCUGUUGAGAAGCAUCUUCAAGAAGUCCACAGGUCAGUGCAGAUUCUGAGGGACAAGCAAGAGCUUGCGGAAGCACAAAAAGAACUAGCUAAACUUCAGCUGGCACAGAAAGAAUCGUCUUCUGCUAGCCAUUCCCAACACAGUGAGGAGAGAGGUACCCCCACAGCCUCAGACUCCCAAAGGUCUGACAAUGCAUCAGAUAUGAGUAACCAGCAGUUAGCUCUUGCUCUACCCCACCAAGUGGCUCCUCAGCCUUCACUUCCGCCCAGACCUAUCGAGCAGCAACAGCCUGUGGCGCCCCCCUCACAAGCUCCAGUUCAGAAUGUGACCCAACCACAGGCAUACUACUUACCUCCAACCACCCAGUUACCAGCCCAAACGCAACAUCCUCAGGGUCAAUAUUUGUCGUCUGACCCUCAAUACCGAACACCUCAACUGCAGGAUAUUUCUAGGGUGGCACCACAGCCAGCACAAUCCCAGGUUAGUCAGGCAACCCAAGUUCAUCAAUUGCCUCAGUAUCAGCAACCAUGGGCACAGCAAAUGCCGCAGCAGGUGCAACCACCACAGCAACCAUCUAUGCAACCCCAGAUCAGACCCCAGUCGACAUCAGUUUACCCUCCCUAUCCAAGCCAACCUGCAAACCCAUCUCUUCCAGAGACACUCCCGAUCAGCAUGCCAAUGCAAGUGCCAUAUUCAGGAAUUUCUCAGCCUGGGGCAAGCCGUGCUGAUGUCAUGCCUUAUGGGUAUGGCGGGGUUGGUAGAACAGUUCAACAGCAGCAGCAGCCGUCACCACUUCCACAGCAUGUCAAGGGAAAUUUUGCAGGGCAGCCUGGGGAUGGGUACUCGGCCACUGGGCCGCACCCUGCUCUCUCCCAUGGGAAUGCAUAUGUGAUGUAUGACACUGAGGGAGGGAGAGCACAUCAUCCUCAACAAUCACCACCCUUCUCACAAGGUGGCUAUCCUCCGUCAAAUGUUUCUCUUCAGAAUCCACAGCCAACCACUAGUGCAAAUCUUAUGUCCCGGAAUCCAAGCACUCAAAUUCUUCGCAACCAUCCUUACACUGAGUUGAUUGAUAAAUUGGUGAGCAUGGGUUACAGGGGAGAUCAUGUUGUUGGUGCGAUACAAAGGAUGGAGGAGACUGGCCAGCCUGUGGAUUUUAAUUCUGUGCUUGACAGGUUGAAUGUGCUUUCUUCUGGAGGUUCUCAAAGAGGAUGGUGAUGGUGAGUCAGUAUUGAGGUAUGAGACAAUGUUCUAACUAAUCACAUUGCGGCGACACUUAAUUUCUGUGCGUGUCCCUAAAAUAAAAAGCCUGAUAUAUAGGUUAAGAGUAGAUGGUAUUUGUGGUAAAUAUGGAUCGAGAGAUGCGGAGAUUACUGUGUUAUCUGUGAAUCUGUGAUCUCAUCCCCAGACCCUGUUUUUUUAUUUCGGUCUCUGAAUUGAAUGAAUGUCACGUCUUUAAGUAA